AACAAUUUCGUUCAGAGUCAAUCUUUAAAAUCAGUGUGGAGGAGCCAUAUAAGCUUAUUGAUAAGUGUAAUCGAGGCGUAGCUACGAUGGAGAUAGAAAUGAAGAAGUUGCAGGACACAGCUGAUCUGUUUGAGGUCAGCUUCCCAGAAUACAAGCAGCUGCGGCAGUGUCGCUCUGACAUCAUACUUGUCAAAGCAGUAUGGGAUAUGGUCGUCUUUGUAAAGACCAGUAUAGAGGAUUGGACAAAGACUCCAUGGAAAGAAAUCAACGUUGAGCAGAUGGACAUGGAACUCCGGCGGUUUGCUAAAGAGAUGAAAAUGCUGGAUAAGGAGGUGCGUGUGUGGGAUGUCUAUAUGGGUCUGGAAUCAACAGUGAAAAACCUAUUGACCUCUCUGAGAGCUGUCAACGAGCUGCAAAACUCAGCUGUCAGGGAGAGACACUGGCAACAGCUUAUGAACACCACUGGGGUUAGGUUUGUGAUGGGUGAGGGCACCACCUUGGGGGACCUGCUGGAAUUGCAACUUCAUCGUGUGGAGGAUGAGGUUAAAAACAUAGUAGACAAGGCCGUGAAAGAAAUGGCCAUUGAGAAGGUUUUGGCAGAGAUAACCCAGACAUGGAGCAUUAUGUCGCUGUCCUAUGAGACUCAUGCCAGCACAGGAACCCCUCUGCUCAAAGCAGAUGAGAAUCUGAUAGAGACGCUGGAGGACAACCAGGUGCAGCUGCAGAAUAUCCUGAUGAGUAAGUACAUAGAGUAUUUCCAGGCAGAAGUAAGUGGAUGGCAGAGGAAGCUGAUGGUGGCAGACCUUGUCAUCUCAUCUUGGAUGUCUGUCCAGAGGACCUGGGCCCAUCUUAACAGCAUCUUCACCAACAGCCAUGACAUCCGCUGCCAGCUGGCCAAUGAUGCUGAACGCUUUCAGGGAAUACACACUGACUUUCAGAGUUUAAUGACUGAGGUGGUCCAGAACAGUAAUGUAGUAGAUGUGACCAACAAGCCUGGCUUCCUGGAGAGCCUUGAGACCUUACAGCAGAGGCUGUCUCUGUGUGAGAAGGCCCUUGCUGAGUACCUGGAGACCAAGAGACUGACAUUCCCCAGAUUUUAUUUUGUCUCUGCCUCCGAUCUACUGGAGAUUGUGUCUAAGGGAACACAGCCCAGACAGGUGACCCGACACUUGCUGAAGCUGUUUGACAAUAUAGCAGAUCUUCGCUUCAAGGACUCAGACCGGGCCGAAGGGCGGGGGGAGGAGGGGGAGGCAGUUGCGAUAGGGAUGUACAGUCGAGAGGGAGAAUAUGUUUCGUUCUCUGAGCCCUGUGUCUGCGAAGGACAGGCAGAGUGUUGGUUAAGUGCUUUAGAAACCACCAUGCGCUGUACAGUUCGAAAGGAGAUACAGGAAGCUGUAGCUGCCUAUGAGGACAAACCCCGAGACCAGUGGCUGUUUGACUACCCUGCCCAGGUGGGGUUGACUGGUAGUCAGGUGUGGUGGGCGACAGAUGUGGGCAUUGCUUUUGAGAGGGUGGAGGAAGGAUUUGAGACAGCUCUCAAGGACUACAACAAGAAACAGAUCACACAGCUCAACUCGCUAAUCCACAUGCUGCUUGGCGAUUUAACCCCUGGAGACAGACAGAAAAUUAUGACUGUCUGCACUAUUGAUGUCCAUGCUCGAGAUGUGGUCGCCAAUCUCAUUACUCAAAAGGUGACAUCAGGACAGGCAUUUGCGUGGCUGUCCCAGUUACGGCAUCGCUGGGAUGAAGAAAUGAGACACUGUUACAUUAAUAUCUGUGACGCUCAGUUCCAGUUUAGCUAUGAAUACCUGGGGAAUACAAACAGACUGGUUAUCACUCCACUCACUGACAGGUGUUACAUAACCCUGACCCAGUCCCUCCAUCUGACUAUGAGUGGUGCUCCGUCAGGCCCAGCUGGCACUGGCAAAACAGAGACUACUAAGGACCUUGGACGCUCCCUGGGUAUCAUGGUAUAUGUGUUCAACUGCUCUGAACAGAUGGACUACAAGUCUAUAGGUAACAUCUAUAAGGGCCUGGCUCAGACAGGAGUGUGGGGUUGCUUUGAUGAAUUCAACCGGAUCUCGGUGGACGUUCUGUCUGUGGUAGCUGUGCAAGUCAAGACUAUACAGGAUGCUGUACGCAACAAAAAACAGAGGUUUCAUUUUCUGGGGGAGGAGAUUGAGCUGAAGCCAACAGUAGGAAUCUUCAUCACUUUGAACCCAGGUUAUGCUGGAAGAGCAGAGCUCCCAGAGAACCUCAAGGCUCUAUUCAGGCCCUGUGCGAUGGUGAUCCCAGAUUUUGAACUGAUCUGUGAGAUCAUGUUGGUGGCCGAAGGAUUCAUAGAUGCACGGCUACUGGCACGCAAAUUCAUCAGUCUCUACACUCUUUGUAAAGAGCUGCUAUCCAAACAAGAUCAUUAUGAUUGGGGUUUGCGGGCUAUCAAAUCAGUGCUGGUUGUGGCUGGAUCUCUGAAGAGAGAGGAGCGUAGCAGACCUGAAGAACAGGUGUUGAUGCGGGCUCUUAGAGACUUCAACCUUCCUAAGAUCGUGACGAGUGAUGUUCCCAUCUUCCUUGGGUUGAUCAGUGACCUCUUUCCACAGCUGGAUGUGCCCAGGAAGAGAGACCCAAAGCUAGAAAAUGCUGUUCGCCAGUCAGUCAGUGAGCUGCGUCUGCAACCAGAGGAAAAUUUCAUACUUAAGGUGACCCAGCUGGAGGAGCUGCUGGCUGUUAGACAUUCUGUAUUUGUAGUUGGUGGCCCGGGUACUGGAAAAAGUCAGAUCUUGAAGACCCUUCAUAGGACUUAUGCAAACAUGAAGAUGAAGCCCUUAUGGAAUGAUAUUAACCCUAAAGCUGUUACCACAGAUGAGCUGUUUGGAUACCUGCACCCUGCUACCAGAGAGUGGAAGGAUGGUCUGUUCUCCUCUACCAUGAGAGAGCUGGCCUCGGUGGGCCAUGAUGGACCCAAAUGGAUAGUUCUGGAUGGGGAUAUUGACCCUAUGUGGAUUGAGUCACUCAACACAGUUAUGGAUGACAAUAAAGUUCUGACACUUGCCAGUAACGAGAGGAUCGGCUUGUCCUCGUCCAUGCGUCUUCUCUUUGAGAUCUCUCAUCUGAAGGCUGCUACUCCAGCUACAGUGUCAAGGGCAGGAAUACUCUAUGUCAACCCACAGGACUUGGGUUGGAGCUCUUAUGUGACAAGUUGGAUCGACACACGGCAAGCCCAGUCAGAGCGAGCCAACCUCACUAUUUUGUUUGAUAAGUACGUGCCAUACUGUCUGGAACAAGUUCGCUGCAACCUGAAAACCAUCACACCCAUUCCAGAAAACAGCAUGGUGCAGACAUUGUGCUCGUUGUUGGACUGCUUGCUGAUUGAGGACAACACUCCAGCCGAUUCUCCCAGAGAACUCUAUGAGAUCUACUUUGUCUUUGCCUGCGUCUGGGCUUUUGGAGGCGCUCUCUUUCAAGAUCAUCUCAAUGACUACCGUGCUGAAUUUAGCCGCUGGUGGUCCAAAGAGAUGAGAGCCGUAAAGUUUCCCUCACAAGGGACAGUCUUUGACUAUUUCAUUGACCCUGAGACUAAAAAGUUUACUCCGUGGAGUGAGAAGAUGGUGCCAUUUGAGCUGGAGCCUGAUAUUCCGUUACAGACGGUGCUUGUCCACACUCCAGAGACCAUCUGUCUCACCUACUUCAUGGACCUUCUGCUUCAGAGAGGCAAACCUAUCAUGUUAGUGGGCAAUGCAGGAGUGGGAAAAACUAUUCUGGUGUCUGAUAAAGUCGCUAAGCUGAAGGAGGAUUACAUAGUAGCAAAAGUUCCCUUCAACUACUACACUACAUCUGCCAUGCUGCAGCGCAUCUUGGAGAAACCUCUAGAGAAGAAAGCUGGUCGUAAAUUUGGCCCUCCCACCGCCAAGAGACUUAUCUACUUCAUAGAUGACCUCAACAUGCCUGAGGUGGAUGUUUAUGGGACUGUCCAGCCACACACCCUCAUCCGCCAGCACCUUGAUUACAGCCACUGGUAUGACAGACAGCGGCUGGUUUUGAAAGAAAUCCAUAACUGCCAGUAUAUCACCUGUAUGAACCCAACAGCUGGAAGCUUCUCUAUCAACCCCAGACUGCAGAGGCAUUUCUCAGUGUUUGCAGUGCAUUUCCCCGGUGCUGAUGCAUUAGCUACCAUCUUCUCCAGCAUCUUGUCAGCUCACUUUCUUCAGGGAGGAUUUAGCUACGGGGUCUCUCGCUCAGUUGGAACUCUCAUUCAGGCAGCUAUCUGCCUGCACCAGAAAAUUAGCCAGAACUUUCUUCCUACAGCCAUACGCUUCCACUAUAUCUUCAAUCUGCGAGACCUUUCCAACAUAUUUCAGGGCAUCCUGUUUGCCUUGCCAGAAAGCAUCCGUUACCCCAUGGACCUGGUCCACCUGUGGCUGCAUGAGAGCUCCAGGGUCUACUCAGACAAACUGAUGGAAGAAAAAGAUGUAGAACUCUUUGAUAAAAUCCUGUUGGACACUGGCAAGAGAUAUUUUGAAGGAAUAGAUGAGUCCAUCUUUAUCCACCAGCCUUUGGUGUACUGCCACUUUGCCCAGGGAGUGGGAGAGCCUCGCUAUCACCAGGCUUCAGACUGGGAGAAGCUCCAGAAGACAUUGGCUGAUGCUCUAGAGCACUAUAAUGAGUUGCACGCUGUCAUGGACUUGGUACUGUUUGAAGAAGCGAUCCAGCAUGUGUGUCGCAUCAGUCGUAUACUGGAGGCCCCCUAUGGUAAUGCCCUGCUGGUUGGGGUUGGUGGGAGUGGGAAGCAGAGCCUGUGUCGACUGGCUGCUUUCCUCAGCAUGCUGGAGGUUUUCCAGAUCACACUGCGUAAAGGUUAUGGAAUCAAUGACCUCAAAAGUGACAUAGCUGCAUUGUAUAUAAAGGUGGGGGUGAAGAAUAUUGGGACAGUGUUUCUUCACACAGAUGCCCAGAUUCCAGAUGAGCGCUUCCUGGUGCUGAUCAACGACAUGCUGGCCUCAGGGGAUAUUCCUGACCUUUUUAGUGAUGAAGAAGCAGAUAUGAUUGUUUCAUCAAUCCGUAUGGAGCUGAGGGGAUUAGGACUCAUAGAUACCAGAGACAACUGCUGGAGCUUUUUCAUCGAAAGGAUACGAAGACAGCUCAAGGUCGUCUUAUGUUUCUCUCCAGUUGGAUUCACGUUAAGGACACGUGCACGGAAGUUUCCAGCCCUAGUAAACUGUACAGCCAUAAACUGGUUCCACUCUUGGCCUCAGCUUGCUCUGCAGUCCGUCAGCUCUACUUUCAUAGAGAAAAUACCUGGACUGGAGCCAAAUGUGAGAGCAUCUAUCAGUGAGUUCAUCUCCUACGCUCACACGAGUGUCAAUGAGGUGAGUGUCAAAUACCAGCAGAAUGAGAAGCACUUCAACUAUACCACGCCAAAGAGUUUCCUAGAGUUUAUGAAGUUGUACGACAACCUGUUGAGAAAGAAACGCACAGAGCUGACUCAGAAGAUGGAAAGAUUAGAGAAUGGACUUCAAAAACUGCUGACUACCGCGUCACAGGUGGAGGACCUCAAAGCCAAGUUAGCAGUGCAGGAGGUAGAGCUGUGGCAGAGAAACACAGAUAUCGAAGCCCUCAUUGCUAAAAUAGGACAACAGACAGACAAGCUCAACCAAGAGAGAGCUGUAGCUGACGGUGAGGAGCAGAGGGUGGCAGCAAUCCAAGCUAAAGUGACCAAACAGCAACAGGAGACUGAAGAGGACUUGGCGAAGGCUGAACCUGCCCUACAGGCAGCCAACACAGCUCUCAAUACACUCAACAGAUUAAACCUGACAGAGCUGAGGACGUUUCCCAACCCUCCAGCCAUCGUCACCAACGUCUCAGCAGCUGUUCUAGUGCUACUGGCUCCUCAAGGCCGAAUCCCCAAAGAUCGCAGCUGGAAAGCUUCCAAGGUGGUCAUGAGCAAGGUGGAUGACUUCCUGCAGGCUCUGGUAAACUUUGACAAAGAGAACAUCCCCGAGGCCACGGUGAGGUGUGUGAGAGAUGAGUACCUCAGUGACCCAGAGUUCAACCCUGACUUUGUAAAACAGAAAUCCUCUGCUGCUGCGGGCCUUUGUGCAUGGGUGAUCAACAUCAUCCGCUUCCACGAGAUUUUUGUGCUCUGCGAGGUAGAGAUGAAGAGAAUGUGUCUGACUCAGGCUAACGCUGAUUUGGCUGAGGCUGCUGAGAAGCUAGACGCCCUGCGGAAAAAACUAGCUGAGCUGGAUAGCAGUCUGGAAACUCUGAAAAUAGCUUUUGAGAAGGCAACAUCAGAGAAACUUCGCUUUCAGGAAGAGGUCAACCGCACAAAUAAGACAAUAGAGCUAGCUAAUCGGCUGGUCAAAGGACUAGAGAGUGAGAACGUGCGCUGGGCUCACUCAGUGGCUCAGUACCAUGAGCAGGAGGAAACGCUUUGUGGGGACGUCCUUCUAACCGCAGCCUUCAUCUCUUAUGCCGGAUCCUUCUCAAAGAAGUACAGGAAAGAGCUGCUGGACAACCUCUGGAUGCCGUUCCUACACAGCCAGAAGAUGUCCAUUCCCAUGACGGAGGGCUUAGAUCCAGUGUUGAUGUUGACUGAUGAUGCAAUGGUUGCCCAGUGGAACAAUGAAGGCUUACCAGGAGACAAAAUGUCUACCCAGAAUGCCACCAUACUUACUAACUGUGAGCGCUGGCCUCUCCUUAUCGACCCUCAGCUGCAGGGCAUCAAAUGGAUUAAGAGUCGCUAUGGUAACAGCCUCAAGGUUGUCAGUCUGGGGCAGAGAGGAUAUGUAGAUGUUAUUGAACAGGCUGUAGUGGCAGGCGACACUGUCCUCAUCGAGAACCUCGAGGAGACCAUUGACCCCGUUAUUGACCCCCUUCUGGGUCGACACACAAUCAAGAAGGGCAGUUGUAUAAAGGUUGGAGACAAAGAGUGUUUCUUCCACCCAGCCUUCAGACUGAUUCUCCACACUAAGCUGGCUAGUCCUCACUAUAAGCCUGAGAUUCAAGCCCAGACCACCCUCAUUAAUUUCACAGUGACCAGAGAUGGAUUGGAGGACCAGCUCCUGGCCCAGGUGGUGAAUCAAGAGAGGCCAGACCUUGAGCAGCUUAAGAGUGAACUGACAAAGCAGCAGAACAUGUUUAAGAUUGAGCUGAAGCUUCUGGAGGACGAGCUGCUAACCCGGCUGUCUGCUGCAGAGAGUAACUUCCUUGGUGACAAUGUGCUGGUGGAGAAGCUUGAGACCACAAAGCACACUGCUGCUGAGAUUGAGAUGAAGGUUCUGGAAGCAAAAGUUAACGAAGUAAAGAUAAACGAGGCCAGAGAGCACUAUCGCCCUGUUGCUGUCAGAGCUUCUCUGCUCUACUUUAUCAUGAAUGAUCUUAACAAGAUCAACCCCAUGUACCAGUUCAGCCUCAAGGCCUUUAACGUUGUUUUCCACAAAGCAGUGGAGCUGGCAGAAGCCUGUGACGACGUAAAGAGCAGAGUAAACACUCUCAUAGACUGUGUUACAUACUCCACCUUCAACUACAUCAGCAGGGGACUAUUUGAGAGAGACAAGCUCACCUUUACGGCACAGCUGGCCUUCCAGUUGCUCCUGAUGAGUAAGGAGAUAGUUGUGAGAGAGUUGGACUUCUUGCUGCGUUUUAACAUUGACCACAGCUACAUCAGCCCCCUUGACUUUCUUUCCAACUCGGCCUGGAGCGCUAUCAAGGUUAUGAGUUUCACUGAUGAGUUUCGUGGUCUGGAUCGAGAUAUUGAAGGUUCACCCAAGCGCUGGAAGAAGCUGGUGGAGUCAGAGUGUCCUGAGAAGGAGAAGUUUCCUCAGGAGUGGAAGGGAAAAAGCUCGCUGCAGAAACUGAUCAUGAUGAGAGCCCUGAGGCCUGACCGUAUGACCUAUGCUCUAAGGAACUUUGUUGAAGAGAAGCUCGGUGUGAAGUAUACAGAGGGACGAAAGACUGAAUUUGCAAAGUCCUUUAGAGAAAGUGGUCCUUCCUCCCCUAUUUUCUUCAUCCUCUCCCCAGGAGUGGACCCACUUAAAGAUGUCGAAUCGCUAGGAAGGAAGCUGGGUUUCACUAUUGACCUUGGGAAGCUUCACAAUGUCUCCCUGGGUCAAGGACAGGAAACUGUGGCUGAACUCGCCAUGGAAAAGGCCGCUAAGGAGGGUCACUGGGUUAUAUUGCAGAACAUCCAUCUGGUUGCUCGCUGGCUGGGUGCGCUUGAGAAGCUCCUGGAGCGCUGCUGUGAAGACAGCCAUCCAGACUACAGAGUGUUUAUGAGCGCUGAGCCGGCAUCUACGGCCCAAGAACACAUUAUCCCACAGGGAAUUCUGGAAAAUGCUAUAAAGAUCACCAAUGAACCUCCUACAGGCAUGCAUGCUAAUCUACAUGCUGCUUUGGAUAACUUUGACCAGGACAUCCUGGAUCAGUGCAGCCGUGAGCAGGAGUUUAAGACCAUCCUGUUUUCUCUCUGUUACUUUCACGCCUGUGUGGCGGAGAGGAGGAAGUUUGGGCCCCAGGGUUGGAACAGAAAGUAUCCAUUCAGCACUGGAGAUCUGACUAUAUCAGUUAAUGUCCUUUACAAUUACCUGGAGGCUAAUGCACAGGUGCCAUGGGAGGACCUGAGGUAUUUGUUUGGGGAAAUCAUGUAUGGAGGACACAUCACUGAUGACUGGGACAGACGCCUCUGCAGAACUUAUCUGGAAGAAUACAUGCAGCCCAACCAGUUUGACCGGAAGCUUGCAUUGGCACCGGGAUUUGUCAUUCCCUCCAACCUGGAUUAUCAGGGCUACCAUGAUUUCAUAGAUGAGAUGCUGCCCCAUGAGAGCCCAGUGCACUAUGGGUUGCAUCCCAAUGCAGAAAUUGAGUUCCUGACAGUGACAUCAGAUAACCUUUUUCACACUCUGCUGGAGCUGCAGUCCCCUGAUGUUGUGAUUGGAGAGGGAGCCUCACAAACACUAGAAGAGAAGGUGAAAUCAAUUUUAGAUGAAGUUCUGGAAAAGCUGCCAGAGGUAUACAACAUGACCGACAUCACUUCCAAGACAGCUGAACGAUCGCCAUACAUCCUGGUGUGCUUCCAGGAAUGUGAGCGCAUGAACACACUCAUUUAUGAGAUACGCCGCUCGCUGAAGGAGCUUGACCUUGGACUCAAGGGUGAACUGGCCAUGUCCUCUGAGAUGGAGAAGCUACAGGCAGCCUUGUUCUUUGACAACGUCCCAGAUAGCUGGACCAAGCUUGCCUACCCCUCAACUUACAGCCUGGCAAUAUGGUAUAAUGACGUGAUGCAGCGUUGCAAAGAACUUGACAGCUGGACUCAGGACCUGUCUCUGCCCAGUGUUGUCUGGCUGUCUGGGCUGUUCAACCCACAGUCCUUUCUCACUGCUGUGAUGCAGUCUCUGGCACGUAAGAAUGAGUGGCCUCUUGAUAAAGUGAAUCUGACAGUGGAUGUGACCAAGAAGUUUAAAGAAGAGUUCAACCAACCGGCCAGGGAGGGUGCAUAUGUGUAUGGACUUUAUAUGGAAGGUGCAAGAUGGGACACUCAGACCGGAGUGAUAACUGAGGCUCGUUUAAAGGAACUGACCCCAACCAUGCCUGUUAUCUCAGUUCGAGCUGUACCCAGUGACCGUCAGGAAACCAGGAAUAUCUACGAGUGUCCCCUCUACAAGACCAAGAUCAGAGGACCCACGUAUGUUUGGACUUUCAGUCUAAAAACCAGGGAGCGACCUGCCAAAUGGGUCCUGGCCGGAGUGGCUCUUCUACUCAGUGUGUGA